UUUUGUGUUGGUGAACGAGAAUGCCAAAUUGUAUGUCUCGAUAGAACUGAUUUGAAAUUUCUUGUCAAAAACCACCAAAAUUUAUAUUUUGAUGAUUGGAUAAUUGGCGCAAAAUGUGUUGAUAGAACUGGGAUUGUCCUUCAUUUUGCAACUAAUUCAAUUAAAUUACUCGAUUUAUCCAACUUUUCAAAUAUUCAAACAAAAUGUCAGCUUUAUUUAAAAGGACGAUCAGUUAUGUUGGUUUUAACUUGUUCUUUAUUGGACGGUAACAGCUGGGAAUCAUUACAAAUAUUUGCUGGUACUUCUCUUGGCCAUAUAAAUCAAUUUUGGCCGUCUAAAAACGGAGUGGAAAUUUUGCGGACAUUUGAAGGAAAUAAUGUAUAUUUUAAUUAA